CUACGACACGAGGAGUGUGCCCUUCACCGAGGGCGUCAGGUGGACCGAUAAGGGUUACCUGGGGUCUCGCGCCUUCUUCAGGAUCAUGUCUGACCCGCCUACCUUGGUAGUGGACGACGUCAAGGUGGCUGACCAGGCCGUCUAUACCUGCAGAGUUGACUACAAAGUUAGACCCUCAGCCAUCACCAAAGUCAAUCUGACUGUUAUCGUACCUCCGGGUCCUCCGAUCAUCCUGAACAGCAUCGGUGGGACGCUGGAACACACGGUGGGACCCCUAGAGGAAGGCGCCCACACCCAGCUCACCUGCAGGUCUGUGGGUGGGACCCCCACGCCCACCCUCACGUGGUGGAGAGACGGGGAAAGGCUGGACCAGGUUGGGAGUGUGCGGGGAACUGGAGUGGAGAGCAGGAUCAGCGUUGUGGGUUCCAGGACCCUGCAGGGAGCCACCCUCACUUGCCAGGCACUCAACAACAACAUCACCGAGCCUUCCUCCACUUCACUCACUAUCAACGUCCUACUACGCCCAUUGUCUGUGGAGAUCGUGGGUGGUGUGGGUUCUCUCUCAGCUGGGCGUCCUGUGGAGCUGGUGUGUCGGGCGGUGGGGUCACGCCCACCCGCCCACAUCACCUGGUGGAGAGGAUCUCAGCAGAUCACUGAUGUCACACACACGGUAAUGAACGGCGGGAACGUCACAACGGGAUCGAUCAUCCUAAUGCCUACGAGACAGGACGAUGGUAAACAGGUCACCUGCCGUGCUUCCAACCCGGAGAUCCCUCACUCCAUGCUAGAAGACACUGCCCUACUAACCAUACGUUACAAGCCUGAGGUGGAGCUGGCGCUGGGCCGAGCGUUGGAUCCACAGAGCAUCAAGGAAGGUGAUGACGUAUACUUUGACUGCACCAUCCAUGCUAAUCCACUCGCCCACCGCGUUACCUGGUACCAUAAUGGUGACUUGCUUGAGACAAACAAGAGCGCGGGUCCUAUCUCAGAUCAGAGUCUGGUGCUGCAGAAGGUUAAGCGUGGGCGAGCGGGCGAGUACACCUGUGCCGCCCACAACCUGGAGGGCCAAGCUAGCAACGCAGUCAAACUCAACGUCAUGUUCGCUCCGGUAUGCAGCUCUCCCGGCAGGAGAACGCAGGGGGUGGCCAGGAUGGAGAGUGCCAAGGUUGUGUGCCAGGUGGAGGCUUUCCCCCCUCAGGUGAACUUCACGUGGAGGUUCAACGGGUCGUCUGAGGGGGAGGCACUGCCACUGCAGUCAGUGAUGAACCAGGGCACCUCCUCCAUGCUCAACUACACCGCCUCCAUGGAGCAGGACUACGGCACCCUCCUCUGUUGGGCCUCCAACAGAAUAGGACUGCAGAAGGAUCCUUGCGUGAUACAUCUCAUUCCUGCAGGCCCUCCUGACCCACCAAAGAAUUGCUCCAUAGCCAACCAGACGAGCGAGGCGCUGGUGGUGGAGUGCUCACCCGGCUUCGAUGGCGGCCUACCACAGCACUUCGUCAUGGAGGCUUGGGACCAUGAUACUCUUCUCUCUAACACCUCCAGCCUGGCGCCGGAGUUUGUGGUGCGUGGGCUGGAGGCUGGUAUGGGCGUCACGUUGAAGGUACGAGCUACUAAUGCACGCGGCCAGAGCGCCUCCGUCAACUUAGAGGCUGAUAUCAUGAAGGUCGCAGAAAAAAGAAUGGGCCCUCCUGAGGAAGUGUUCGUGCCUCCGGUGGUGGGCGCCGUAGUGGGCGGUGUGGGCGCCGUGCUGGUGCUGGUGGUAGCAGGGCUGAUCCUUACACAUUACGCCCACAGAGCACGCCCGCAGAACCACACUCCGAAAACCGAGUCGCCGCCCACCCUCACUAAUGUGUACGUGGGCGGCGGCAGCGGGGAAGAGACUCAUACCUUGAGCAAGUCUGGCAAUCCCGACGUUGUUAGAGGAACAGGUGAGGAGGAGGUGAACGUAGAAGAGUCUAUGGGUGCGGGAACGCCGAGGUGCGUGGAGGCUGUGGCAAUACUGCAAGGAAACAGUGUCUCUGGAGUCACUACCACGCUGCCGGAUCCAAACAAGGGAGUAGAUGUGGAGUACGUCGAGGUGAUGUCUGGAGGCGUCCUCAGUUCCACCAUCAGACGUCGAGAGGAACCUGUCGUAUACAGCAGCCUAGCCUCACACCCCUACCUCGCCUACCCCUCCCAUAUGUCCCAGAUCAUGGUGGACCCUCGGGACAUGGGACAUGAGAUAACCGAAGGAUGCAUGACUGCCACCAGCUCCCUGCAUGACCUGGCGGGCGUUUUGCAUCCCGUCCGGGGACAUCAUCCCUGCCAAGCGUCGACGAUGGGGCGAGACGAUGGUGCGAGCGUGUACGGGACGCUACGUCGGGGCGGAGAGAGGUUACGGGAAGGUGGUCCACCUCACCCGCGAGCUGUGGGCACCUUCCUAGCUACUAGUCACCAAGAAAGCGCCGUCUAAAUCACAUGGAAAGAAUUUAAAUGACCCCCAAAACGAGUGCAGUCCUCCAUGCACCCCGUUUUCUUUU